ACCCAGUCCCCUGGCCCCACACCAAAGCCGUCCAGGCCCGUCCUCCACUAUCGAGCCUCGUCGAGGAGAAAGACUCGUCGCCGCCGCCGGCCAAAAUCCAUCUCACCACGCGUCCUCAGGGAAUUCCUUCAGAAAUCGGCCGAUCUCUAGUCAUCCGAGCACACCCCACCUCAUAUCUCCCCACUCCCCAACCCGCGCAAGCCCGCAGGCAAUUAGGCCUUCAGCCACCUGGGCUCAGCGCCAGCGGCCGGCGGCAGAACUCGUCACCACGCCCUCCCUUGCGUUGGAUCGAGUCGCCCCGCCGCCGGAACCACACUUCUCUCCGUCGCCACGGGAGCCCUCCCGAGCCUCUUGCCUCCUCGUCCCCUCCCGUCGGCCUCCUCACCGUGGAUCGAUCUCACGGCCAGGACCAUCUGCAGCCACCGUACUGCGGCCGACCAGAUACCCCCCGUAGACGUCCUACGCUGCCAAGGGUUUUAUUCUUAACUUUGCGUCUCAAGUCUAGUCUUGGAUGGCAACAUCUUUGGAUGUCCCACUGGAUGAUUUGAUUAAGAGCAGAAGUGGAAGGGGAAGGGGAAGGGGAAGGGGAAGGGGAAGAGGCAGGGGACAAGGAGGGGGUCGAGGCAGAGAUGAUGGCCAAAGGUUGGCCCGUGGUUCAUGGCGUGGGCGUGGUGGUGGCACUUUCCGUGGAAGGGGCCUAGGGGUGCCUUCACGAAGGCCUCUUGGUGUUAAUACUCGGUCCUCAACAUUUGCUAUUGCCAAGUCAUUCAAUAAAGCCAAGACUUUUGUGUGGAGACAUGAUUUGUUUGAGGAUAGUAUGGUGGCUGCUGGUCUUUCUGGGAUAGAAUCUGGAACAAAGCUGUAUAUUUCAAACUUGCACUAUGGAGUUACAAAGGAAGACAUACAGGAGCUUUUUUCUGAAAUGGGCCACUUGAAGCACUGUGCUGUUCAUUAUGACAAUAAUAGGCGCCCAACUGGUUCAGCUGAGGUGAUAUUCACUAGGAGAAGUGAAGCUCUUGCCGCAUUGAAACGAUAUAAUAAUGUGCGCCUUGAUGGGAAGGCAAUGAAGAUUGAAAUGAUAGGAGCAGAUUUGGGUCUAUCCGCUGCUUUCGCACCCCGAAUUAGUGUUGUUCCUGGUGCAAGGGGAAGAGGACAGAGAGAAGUUGUAAUGAUGCCUGGUGCAAGUCGGUUUGGUCGAGGUGCGGCGGGCUCAUCCAGUUCGCUUCCUGGGUGGAAGCGUGGAGGUUUUGUUCAAAGAGGGGGAGGACAAGUGCGCGGUCGCGGACGUGGCCGUGGGCGUAGUAGCUUUGGUCAGGGGCGUGGACGUGGCUAUGUACGGAAGGGACCUGUGGGGAAAUCAGCUGAACAAUUGGACAAGGAGCUUGACAACUACAAUUCUGGUGCGAUGGAUGUCGCCUAAGAUGCUGCAUCCAAUCACUUGAAGUUAGAACUGGGUCGAAGUUAAGCUUAUUUUGUGUUUGUUUUUGCUGCCGAACUAUCACCAGUUUGUCAUGUGUUCGUUGCUUAGUUUGAAGAUUAGAUUUUUAACUGCAAUUUCGAGUUCGAGGCUAGCCAUACGAUAUUAUAGUUGGCUGAUAGCUCUUGAUGAUUGGUGUUUUCGAUGGUUGUGUU